GUCGGGUGAAAGGUGUGGCUGAACUUGAAAGGCCGAUCUGAGGGUCGCUUGAUUUAAACAAAUUUUCGUAUAAAAAGGACCAAGCUCAACACGAAAUCAUCGCACUUCAACUUCUAAGUUCGAAACCAACAUGGCAUUCAAAUUCGUCGUAUUCGCUGCUUUCGUAGCCGUAGCUCGCGCUGGCCAUUUGGGUUACGCCGCCGCCCCCGUAGCCUACGGAGCUCAUGCCUACGCUGCCCCAGUAGUAGCCGCCCAUGCCGUAGCUCCAGUCGUCAAAUCCGUCGUAGCUGACGCCCCAGCCCACUACGACUACGGAUACUCCGUCAGCGACCCAUUGACCGGUGACCACAAAUCCGCCGUUGAAACCCGCCGUGGCGAUCUCGUACAAGGCAGCUACUCCCUCGUUGACUCUGACGGAACAAAACGCACCGUAGACUACACCGCCGAUUCCCACAACGGUUUCAACGCCGUCGUAUCUAAGGAACCCCUCGCUGUAGCCGCCCCAGCCGUAGCCACCUACGCCGCUCAUGCCCCAGCCGUAGCCACCUAUGCCGCUCAUGCCCCAGCCGUAGCCACCUACGCCGCUCAUGCCCCAGCCGUAGCCACCUACGCCGCUCAUGCCCCAGCCGUAGCCACUUACUCCGCUCACGCUCCAGCUGUAGCUUCCUAUGCCGCCCACGCCCCAGCCGUAGCCACCUACGCCGCUCAUGCCCCAGCCGUAGCCACCUACGCCGCCCACGCCCCAGCUACCUACACCGCCCACACCGUAGCUCAUGCCGCUCCAGUAGCUCACGCAUACGCCGCUCCAGUUGUAGCCGCUCACUCUGCCCACGCUUACGCCGCUCCCUCUGUCCAUCAUUAUGCUCAUGCUGCCCCAGCCCUUACCCACGCUUGGUAAAAUGUAGAAUAUAAAUAUUUGUAAAUUAUUUUUUGUGUGUAAAUAAAGAACGCUUAUCAAAAAAAAAUAUUGUAAUAU